UGACACCUGGCCGACCAGCAGCCUGCAUAUAAAGCCCCUGCCCCUCCACAAGCCCGUCCUCCAACAAGCCCGUCCAGUGAGCCGCCAUGGGGCUGAGCCUUGCCAGUCUCCUGGCAGUCUGGCUGGCUCUGAGCUCAGUGGGGACAGCGGACCUUCAGAAAGGCAGGAGCCUCAACCACGGCCAUGACGUCUGCAGCACUUGGGGCAACAAUCACUACAAGACCUUCGACGGGGCCGUCUAUCAGUUCCCCGGCCUCUGUGACUACAACUUCGCCUCCGACUGCCGCGACACGUACAAGGAGUUUGCCGUCCACGUGCAGCGGGGCCUGAGCCGGGCCGGCCACCCCCAGAUCACCUACAUCCUGGUCACAAUCAAGGAUGUUACCAUCUACCUCACCCAUCAGCUGGUGGUCGUGAAUGGGGCCAUAGUCCGGGUGCCCUACUACAGCUCUGGGCUCCUCAUCGAGAAGAACGACGUCUACACCAAGAUUUACGCCCGAACGGGCUUUGCCCUCAUGUGGAACCUCCAGGAUUCCCUCAUGCUGGAGCUGGAUGGCAAGUUCCGCAAUCACACCUGUGGGCUGUGCGGGGACUACAAUGGCCAGCGGACGUACUCUGAGUUCAGCGACCAGGGAAUUACUUUCAGCCCCAUUGAAUUUGGGAACAUGCAGAAGAUUAACAAGCCAGAUGUUGUGUGUGAGGACCCAGAAGAGAAGGCCCCCAAAUCCUGCUCGGAACAUCGAGCCCGGUGUGAGGAGAUCCUGACGUCAGCGGCCUUUGAGGACUGCCAGGCUAAGGUGCCGGUGGAGAUGUACAUCCAGGCCUGCAUGCAGGACCUGUGUCAGUGUGAGAAGGACUCCUCCUUCUGCCUCUGCAGCACCAUCUCAGAGUUUUCCCGUCAGUGCUCACACGCCGGAGGCCGGCCUCACUCCUGGAGGACUGAUGCAUUCUGCCCUAAGACCUGUCCUGGUAACAUGGUCUACCUGGAGAGUGGCUCCCCCUGCAUGGACACCUGCUCCCACCUGGAGGUUAGCAACCUCUGUGAAGAGCACUACAUGGAUGGCUGCUUCUGUCCUGAAGGCACUGUGUAUGAUGACAUCACGGGCAAAGGCUGUAUCCAGGUGAGCCAGUGCAGCUGCAAACUACACGGACAUCUCUAUGCUCCCGGGAAGCAGAUCACUGGCAACUGUGAAGAAUGUGUCUGUAAUGCUGGUCGGUGGGUGUGCAAAGACCUGCCCUGUCCUGGCAUGUGUGCCUUGGAAGGAGGAUCCCACAUCACCACUUUUGAUGGGAAGAAAUAUACCUUUCAUGGAGACUGCUACUACAUUCUGGCCAAGGGUGACAGCAAUGACUCCUAUGCUCUCCUGGGAGAGCUGGCCCCUUGUGGCUCCACAGAGAAGCAGACCUGCUUGAAGACGGUUGUGCUGCUGACUGACAAGAAGAAAAAUAUUGUGGCAUUCAAGUCUGAUGGUAGCGUGCUGCUGAAUGAGUUGGAAGUGCACCUGCCACACGUGACUGCGAGCUUCUCCAUCUUCCAGCCUUCCUCCUAUCACCUCAUCGUGCACACAGCCUAUGGCCUCAAGCUGCAGAUCCAGCUGGUGCCCGUCAUGCAGCUGUUCAUGACCAUGGACCAGGCUUUCCAGGGCAAAGUUCAAGGUCUCUGUGGAAACUUCAACGGAAUGGAAAGCGAUGACUUCAAGACAGCGGGAGGUCUCAUCGAGGCCACUGGCUCUGGCUUUGCUAACACCUGGAAGGCCCAGUCCAGCUGCCACGACAAACUCGACUGGCUCGAUGACCCUUGCUCUCUCAGCAUUGAAAACGCCAAUUAUGCGGAGCACUGGUGCUCGCUGCUGAAGAAGACAGAAACUCCCUUUGCCAAGUGUCACUCAGUCGUGGAUCCCGUGGAAUAUUACAAGAGAUGCAAGUAUGACACCUGCAACUGUCAGAACAACGAGGACUGCAUGUGUGCUGCUCUCUCCUCCUAUGCCAGAGCCUGCUCUGCCAAAGGGGUCAUGCUGUGGGGCUGGCGGGAGCGAGUCUGUAACAAGGACAUCACGUCCUGCCCCAACUCGCAGAUUUUCCUGUACAACCUGACCACCUGCCAGCAGACCUGCCGCUCGCUCUCGGAGGCUGACAAGCACUGUCUCAGGGGCUUCGCCCCCGUGGAUGGCUGUGGCUGUCCCGACCACACCUACAUGGACGAGAAGGGGCGCUGUGUGCCCCUGUCGAAAUGCUCCUGCUACCACCGAGGCUUGUAUCUGGAAGCGGGGGAAGUGGUCCUGAAGCAGGAUGAGCGCUGUGUUUGUCGCAACGGGAGGCUGCACUGCAUUCAAGUGAAGCUUAUUGGUCAGAGCUGUGUUGCCCCCAAGAUCCACGUAGACUGUGACAACCUGACGGCCUUGACCACCCAGAAACCCCACCCCAUCAGCUGCCAGAGCCUGGCCAGUGGCUACUACCAGACUGAAUGUGUCAGCGGCUGCGUGUGCCCCUCUGGGCUGAUAGACGAUGGCCAGGGUGGCUGCGUCACGGAGGAGGAGUGCCCGUGUGUCCACAACAAAGAACUCUAUUCACCUGGACAGAAGAUCACUGUGGACUGUAACACAUGCACGUGCCGCCGAGGGAGCUGGGCGUGCACUAAGUCCAAGUGCCACGGCUCGUGCUCAAUCUACGGGAGCGGCCAUUACAUCACCUUUGAUGGGAAGUACUAUGACUUCGAUGGACACUGCUCCUACGUGGCAGCCCAGGAUUACUGUGGCCAGAAAAACUCUCAGGGGUCCUUCAGCAUCAUCACGGAAAACGUGCCCUGCGGGACCACGGGGGUGACCUGCUCCAAAGCCAUCAAGAUCUUCCUGGGAAGAACAGAGCUCAAGCUGGAGGAGAAGCACCGCUGGGUGAUUCACCGUGACGUGGGCGAGCACAUCUCCUACACCACGCGGGAGGUGGGCCAGUACCUGGUCAUCGAGGCCAGCAAUGGCAUCAUCGUCAUCUGGGACAAGAGGACGACCAUCUUCAUCAAGCUUGCGCCGACCUUCAAGGGCACCGUGUGCGGUCUGUGCGGCAACUUCGAUGACCGCUCCAGCAAUGACUUCACCACGAGGGAUCACAUGAUUGUCACCAGCCCUCUGGACUUUGGGAACAGCUGGAAGGAAGCCCACACCUGCCCAGAUGUGGACAAGACCUAUGAACCAUGUGCCGUGAACCCCCACCGCCAGUCCUGGGCAGAGAAGCAGUGCAGCAUUCUGAAGAGCCAAGUGUUCAGCGUCUGCCACAGCAAGGUGGACCCCACUCCUUUCUACGACGCCUGUGUCCAUGACUCCUGCUCCUGUGACACGGGAGGGGACUGUGAAUGCUUCUGCUCGGCCGUGGCCUCCUACGCCCAGGAGUGCACCAAGGAGGGGGCUUGUGUCUUUUGGAGGACGCCCGACCUGUGCCCGAUAUUCUGUGAUUACUACAACCCUCCCGACGAGUGUGAAUGGCACUACGAACCCUGCGGGAACCGGAGCUUUGAGACCUGCCGCACCAUCAACAACAUCCAUUCCAACAUCUCCGUGUCCUACCUGGAAGGCUGCUAUCCCAGGUGCCCCCCAGAAAAGCCCAUCUUUGAUGAAGACAAGAAGAAGUGUGUGCCAGCUGACCAGUGCGGCUGCUACGUGAAUGAUGACCGCUACGAAGUCGGGGAGAAGAUCCCCACAGAUGACGUUUGCCUGUCUUGUAUUUGUGAAUCAUCUUCCAACAUCACCUGUAAGGAGGAGAUAGGCCUGGUAAUUAACCAGACUCAGAAUGGGUCCUUCUGCAUCUGGGAGCUGUGUGGUCCCAAUGGCACCGUGACCCAAUAUUUCAACAUCUGUGUUACGAGCACAACUCCCAUAACCACAGUGAUCAUGUCAACGACCUCUCUGACGACCAGCUCUCCCACCACCACUCUGCCCACCACCACCAGCACCAGCACAGUUUCCACCCCAACUACUCCUCCAGAAAUAUGCUGUUUUUGGUCUGAUUGGAUUAAUGAGGACAAUCCCACUACUGGCACUAAUGGUGGUGACUGGGAAAGAUUUGAUGGGGUGUGUAGUGCCCCUGAAAACAUCGAGUGCAGGUCAGCUGAGGAGCCCCAUCUCAGCUGGGAUCAGCUUGGCCAGAACGUGCUGUGUGAUACAUCUUCCGGACUCAUCUGCAGAAAUGAAGACCAGUUUGGAAAUGGACCAUUUGGCCUCUGUUAUGACUAUGAAAUCCGGGUCAAUUGCUGUCUACCCAUGGACCAAUGCCCACCAAGCACCACGACACCAUCAAGUCCAACAACGACAGUGACAACCACCACUCCAACCACCACAACCACCACCGAGACUCCCACCACCACCACCGAGGUCCCCACUACCACCGAGACUCCCACCACCACCGAGGUCCCCACCACCACCGAGACUCCCACCACCACCGAGGUCCCCACCACCACCGAGACCACCAUCACCACCACUGAGGUCCCCACUACCACCACUGAGACUCCCACUCCAACAAUUAUAAUCACCUCCACCACCAAGGUCCCCACCACCACCGAGGUCCCCACCACUACUGAGGUCCCCACCACCACCACUGAGGCCCCACCCACUCCAACCACGACCACCAUCACAGAGACUCCAACCCCUACACCCUGUGAGCCUGUCUGUAACUGGACUGAUUGGAUUGAUUCGGGAAAGCCAGACUUCAACAAACCAGGUGGUGACUUUGAACCAGUUAAAGAUAUUUGCCAGGAUGAAGGCUGGGUAACCAACGUCACAUGCAGAGCCAGCAUGUAUCCAGACAAGACACUGGAAGAACUGGGACAAGUUGUAGUGUGUGAUGUUUCAGAGGGAUUGGUGUGUAAAAAUGAAGAUCAGAAACCAGGAGGAACGAUCCCUAUGCCUUUCUGUCUCAAUUACGAAAUCAAGGUUUAUUGCUGUAAGCCUCCGGUCCACUGUAUCACAACAGUGUCCACAACUGGCACAACAACCACCCCAGAGACACCCACGCCCACGAUCGUCACCAGCACCAUAGAGACUGCAACUCCACCAUUUUCUACCAUUACCCCCCCAGAGACUCCACCACCUUCUACCACCACCACCACCACCACUGAGACUCCAACACCAACACCUUCACCAACUACCACAACAACCGAAACUCCAAUACCUACACCUACAACUACCACCACUGAGACCCCAACACCUACACCUACAACCACCACCACAGAGACUCCUACUCCAACACCUUUACCCACUACCACUUCUCCAGAGACUCCACCACCCUCUACCAGCACCACCACUGAGAUUCCAACACCAACACCUUCACCAACUACCACAACAACCGAAACUCCAACAUCUACACCUACAACCACUACCACUGAAACACCAACACCUACACCUACCACCCCAGAGAUCCCACCCCUAGACCCCAACACCCUCCUCCCCACCACCACCACCACCACCACCACCCCUGAGACCCCUCCACCCUCCACAACUACCACCCCUCCUCCAGAGACCUCACCACCCUCCUCCCCCACCACCACCACCACCACCACCACCCCUGAGACCCCUCCACCCGCCACAACUACCACCCCUCCUCCAGAGACCCCAACACCCUCCUCCCCCACCACCACCACCACCACCCCCCCUGAGACCCCUCCACCCUCCUUUCCACCCCUCCUCCAGGGCACAAGUCCCAGCACUCCAGUGGUAGCAGAGCCCACCACGACCACAAGUGAGACCCCAUCUCCUUCUACUUCCACUGCCACGCCCACCUCUCCCAAGAUCACGACACCCACCCGGCCUGUCCCCAGCACUCCCAGCGUGAGCGUCCCCAUCACAGUUCGCACCACCCCCACCCCCACCCCCACCAUUGGGCUCUCCACCAACUCCACCUCGAGCCCACUCACAUCUCCCACCUGGAGCAUCAGUACCGGCACCAGCAUGUCAACGGCCACCCAGAUAACCUGCUGUAUCUUGAAUGACACCUAUUAUGGACCAGGUGACGUAGUGUACAAUGGCACACAUGGAGACUACUGCUAUUUUGUCAACUGCUCCCUGGACUGCAAGUUUGAAAUCUUCAACUGGUCCUGCCCUUCAACACCCCAGCCCACACAGAGCCCCACGCCAACCCGCCCAACAACCCCAUCGAAGCCGACAACACCGAAGCCGCCAAUACCGGAACCGACAACACCGAAGCCGCCAAUACCAGAACCGACAACCCCGAAGCCACCAAUACCGGAACUGACAACACCCUCUUCGGGCUGUCCCGACUUUGUGCCACCACGGCAGGAGAACGAGACCUGGUGGCUGUGUAACUGCACCAUGGCCGUGUGCAAGCAUGACAACACAGUGGAGAUUUUUGAGAAGGUGUGCGACCCACCCCCCAAGCCGGUGUGCAGCAACGGCCUCAACCCCGUGUGGGUCCUGGACCCCGAUGGCUGCUGUGGCCACUGGGAGUGUGACUGUUACUGUACCGGCUGGGGAGACCCCCACUACACCACCUUUGACGGGCUGUACUACAGCUACCAGGGAAACUGCACCUAUGUGCUUGUGGAAGAGAUCUCUCCCACCGUGGACAAUUUUGGCAUUUACAUCGACAACUACCACUGUGACGUCAAUGACAAGGUGUCCUGCCCACGCACCCUCAUCGUGAGGCACGAGACCCAGGAGGUUCUCAUCAAGACCAUCAACAUGGCCCCCAUGAAGGUCCAGGUGCUGGUGAACAAGCAGGCCGUAGCACUGCCUUAUCGGAAGUACGGCCUCGAGGUCUAUGAGGCCGGCAUUAAUUACGUGGUGGAAAUCCGGGAGCUCGGCGUCCUGGUGUCCUACAACGGCCUUUCCUUUUCCAUCAAGAUGCCUUACAACAAAUUUGGCAACAACACCAAAGGCCAGUGUGGCACCUGUACCAACACCACAGCCGAUGACUGCAUGCUGCCCAGUGGAGAGGUCAUCUCCAACUGCGAGAUCAUGGCCGACGAGUGGGUGGUCAAUGACCCCUCGAAACCGCACUGCCCCCACUCCAGCUUCACGACCAAAGCUCCCUCCGUUACCAAGCCCGGUGUGGCGACCCCUCCCCCAGGCUGUAACCCCUCGCCUCUCUGCGAGCUCAUCAAGGGCAGCCUGUUUGCUGAGUGUCACCAAUAUGCCCCACCCCAGCACUACUACGAUGCCUGCAUCUUUGACAGCUGCUUCGUGCCUGACUCUGGCAUGGAGUGUGCCAGCCUGCAGACCUACGCAGCCCUCUGCGCGCAUGAGGGCAUCUGCGUUAACUGGCGAGAGCACACCCACGGGAUCUGCGAGGUGACAUGUCCAGCCCACCGGGAGUACAAGGCUUGUGGGCCUGCCAAGGAGCCAACCUGCCAGUCCAGCCCGGAUGAGCCCUUGGACAACCGGACCAUGGAAGGCUGCUUCUGUCCUGAGGGCACCAUCAACUUUGCCCCCGGCGUCGACGUCUGUGUGCAGACCUGUGGCUGCGUGGGACCGGACAACGUGCCCAGAGAGUUUGGGGAGCGCUUCGAGUUUGACUGCAAGAACUGUAUCUGCCUGGAGGGAGGCAGUGGCAUUGUGUGCGAGGAGAAACUUUGUGCCCAGACGAAGCCUCAGGAGUGCCCAGAGGAGGGCACAUACCUGGUCACUGAGGUGGACCCCAGUGACACCUGCUGCAAUCGGACCUACUGCAAGUGCAACACGAGCCUGUGCGGAACCAAGCUGCCCGUGUGUGAGCUGGGAUUCGAGUUAAAGACCCAGAUCGUCCCUGGCAAGUGCUGCCCCGUCCACACCUGCGAGGCCAAGGGCGUUUGUGUCCUGGAUGGAGCUGAAUACAAGCCUGGAUCCCCAGUGCACUCCGAUAAAUGCCAGGAGUGUGUUUGCACGGAGAGGGUCAAUUCCUCCACUCAGCUGAACAUCAUUUCCUGCAACCACGUGCCCUGCAACAUCUCCUGCAAGCCUGGCUUUGAACUUGUGAAGGUGCCAGGCCAGUGCUGUCCCAAGUGCGAGCAGACCCACUGUGUGAUGCACCAGACCGGCAGCCUCAUGCUUCUCAAGCCUGGCGAGAUGAAGAAGGACCCCCAGAACAACUGCACCAUCUACAGCUGCAUGAAGCUCCAGGACCAGCUCAUCUCGUCUGUCUCCGAGAUCACUUGUCCUGACCUGGACUUGGGCUCCUGCCAGCCUGGCACAAUUAAGCUGAUGGACAACGGCUGUUGUAAGACAUGCACGUACCGCAACGAGACCAGGGUGCCCUGCUCCACUGUGCCCAGCCGGGAGGUGAUUUCCGUGGGGAAAUGCAGGAAGGAGAUGCUGAUCAAUCACUGCGCCGGAGCCUGUGGAACGUUUGCCAGGUACUCUGAAGAGGCGCAGAGCAUGGACCACCGCUGCUCCUGCUGCAAGGAAGUGAGGACCAGCAGGAGGGUGGUGGACCUGGACUGUGUGGGAGGGGGCACACUGGCCCACGAGUUCACCUACAUCGAGAGCUGCGAGUGCCAGGACACCGUCUGCGACAUCCCCCUGACAAGGGGCAGGAAGGGCCCCCAGAGCCGCUCGCGCCGGGCCCUGCCGCGGCCCAGGAGCUGAGCGCUGCCCGCCCCGAGCCCUCGGGCUCUCUCGGCUGUCCCCUCCACUGCUCACAAGAGAUAUUUAUUUUCUGUGGAGACUGAUCUUGUCCAGCUCUUUUUACUCUUGAAUAAUAAAAUU